AAAAAAAAUUCUACCAAUUUUUUGAGGAAGGCUGUUGUGCCUCGGUCUCCCCUAAAUAAAUGGGUCACAUUUUAUUCAUUUAUUCUAAAAUUAAAAAAAUUGCCAUUUAUUGUCAGCUACAUGCACACCCAUUUCCUCUUGCCAUUUUUGAAAAACGAAACAAAAAAUUUAAUACACAAUACAAACUUUUUUUUUGUUAUAAUUGAAUAAAAAAAGUUCUAUUAACCUCAAAAUAUUUAUGCAUCAUAUAUAUCUAUAUAUUUUUUAAACUCUUAUCAAUACAAAAAAAAUUAAGUAUAUUAUGUAAUUAAAGUAAAAGUUUUUAAUUCAAAGUAUUAUUAUCAGAUGAUUAAAAGAAAUUAUGUUAAAAAGUUUAAACAGACAAUUAUUAUCUACUAAAAUAAUGUCACAAAAUCCAAAGUGUUUGUAUCAAAUUAAAGAAAAUUUGAAAGAAAUUUAUUAUGCUGCCUUAGAAUCUGUUAAGCCGAACAAAAUCAUUGAUAAUAAAAUUAAAAUAAACAAUAAUAAUUUAUUAAUAGACAAUGAAACAAUUGCAAUCACAGACAAAGUUUACAUCGUAGGUUUUGGUAAAGCUGUGAUGAGUAUGGCAAUAGCCCUAGAAAAAUUACUUGGUAAUCGUUUAAUAAAAGGAAUCGUUAGCAUACCAAGAGGAUCAAAGAAUACUGAGGAAUCAGAAAUACAACCAAAAUUGACUAGUUUAAUAAAUUAUGAAGAAAACAGUAUCAAUAAUGAGCCAGAUAAUGAUACUCUAUCAGUAACCCGCAAUAUAAUUCAAAUGGUUAAAUCAUUAACUGAAAAUGAUACUUUAAUAGUUUUAGUGUCAGGAGGUGGUUCUGCUUUACUAUCAAUGCCCAAACCACCUGUAAUUCUUGAAGAAAAGCUCAAUAUUUGCAGAAAAUUAUUUAAUUCAGGGGCUGAUAUAAAAGAAGUUAAUUUAAUUAGGCAAAAAUUAUCGAUGGUUAAAGCUGGUGGUUUAGCAUUUAUGGCUUAUCCUGCUUUUGUAAUUGGAUUAAUAUUAUCAGAUAUUAUUGAUAAUCCAAUAGAAUUAAUUGCCAGUGGACCAACAGUUUAUAAUUUAAUACCACUAGGAAAUAUUGAAAAAAUAUUAAUAAAAUAUAAUCUUUUAAAUCAGUUAAGCAUAAAUUUAAAACACGUUCUUUUGUCCAAAGAGUCGUAUGAAUUAAAUCUUGACCAAUAUAAUCAGAAUUAUAAUAAUCAUGUAAAAAACAUAAUUAUUGGUAAUAAUUCACUGGCUAUUGAAAAUGCAAAGUUAGAAUGUUUGCGUAAAGGUUUUAAUUCCAUUAUCUUAUUUAAUAAUAUUCAAGGAUUAGUUACAUCAAUUAGCAAAACUUAUACUAAUCUGUGUAGUUUAAUAUGUAAAACUUUGAUUAAAUCCAUUUCGUUUGAAGAAUUUAAUGAGUUAAUGUAUAAUGAUCCCGAUUUAUUAUUAUUGAAGAAUAAAGCAAAUGAAAUUUAUCAAGCUGUUAAAGUAAUGGGAGAUAAAGAAUUAAUUUUAAUCGCUGGUGGAGAACCCUCUGUGCUGAUAACUGGGUCAGGAAAAGGUGGAAGGAAUCAAGAACUUGCCCUAAGAUUUUCUCAAGACUGGUUUAAAACUAUUACUAAUAGUCCGGAAUUAAAUUCAUUUGAUGUUAUAUUUCUUAGUGCCAGUACAGAUGGGCAAGAUGGUCCUACGGACGCUACUGGUGCAUUCGGUUAUGCUGAAAUAAAUGCUACAUUAAUUAAAUUACAAGAAUUAGUAAAUAAUAAAUUAAAAAAUGAAAUAGAAGACGAAAAAACAAAAGAUUUGAUAAUAGAAGAGUUGAAAAAUAUUGAUAUUUAUAAUGUUUUGCAAAAUAAUGAUUCCUAUAAUUUUUAUUCACGAUUUCAAAAAGGCAGUAAUUUAUUAAAAACUGGACUUACUGGUACUAAUGUUAUGGAUUUACAUUUUAUUUAUAUUAAAAGAAAAUUUUUAAAUGAUUCAAUCGAUGACAAAUUUGUAGUUUCGUUAAAUGAACACGAUUUUUUUCUUAAUUCAUUGCAAUUAUUAAAACAAAAAUUAUAAAUAAUUUGUAAUUUGCAGUGACAAGUAAAAAAACAAAAAUUGAUUUAUGAAAAAAUUUUUUAUUCACAUUAUUGUUUUCCACUUUAUCUAUGAUGAGCCAUUAUCGAAAUAUCACCGCCGCCAGCACACUAAUUUUUUUUCGGAGUUACCUUCACCCACCAUUUUAAGGUAUU